GCUUUUUUGCCGAGUGAGCGAGUUUCGUUCGAACGAAAGAAUUUAAUUCAUUAAGAUACAAAGUUUCUGCCGUUUCAGGAUAUAAUGCUGCAGUUUUAAUGGUAACUAGACACAACCGCUAUUGAAAUGUAGUUCCGAAGAUAUUUGGGAUAUAUCUUUAAGGCAACACAACUUUUUUAUACCGGCAGUGCUUUCGGUCAAAUAUGGCUGAUAAAGAACAAGUUAUUCAAGCCCUCCGUGCUACUCUUAUAUCUGUGAAGGGAGCUUUAACAAUAAAACAAUGUAACCGAGAUUACAGAGAACUACAAGGCGAAUGGAUACCGUUUAAGAAAUUAGGAUAUUCAACAUUGGACAAAUUAUUUCUUGACGUUCCUGGUUUUAAAGUUACUCAAUCAAAUGGGGAAUGGUAUGUUGAUGCCAUAGCCAGUCAAGAAACACAACAUAUUGCAUCAAUGGUGGCACGGCAAAAAUCAAGUAAAAAAACCAAUUUGAAAUUAAGCUAUUCAAAUCGAUUUCCGAAGAAGCAGAACUCUUGGCGCAAACCAGUGGCAGCAAGUUACACUUCAAACUAUAAUAAUCAGUACUCGAAUCAAUAUUACAGAGUGAAAAGUGGAACUCCAUUUUACAAUAACAACUAUAGCAAUAAUAAGUUUAACUACAAUAAAAACAGUUAUAAAACGAAUGAAUCUAAAAACGUUCCACAAGCCGUCAAACCACUGACUAGAACUGUGAGCGAUUAUUCGGAUAAACCUAGAACUAAAAGCGUGAACUCGACUUCAUCAGUACGAGAAGUGAAUAUUCUUUCUGAAGAGUUCAAACAUUCCGUACGUACUGAAAACGACACAGAUGGGAAGUCAACAGGGAAAGUGUCUGCUUCUCAAAGACUUUCAAACCUUAGAGAUCGUCUGAACACUGUAGAUUUGAUACCAUUACAGUUACCAGCCGCCAAAAAUGAAUGCCUGGAAUAUAGCGGACCAGUUGCUCAUGUUACCCCGGCACAUAAAUUAGAACCCCCUCCUGACUCAACGUCAUCCGUAGUGAAAUUAGAAUGGACUUGUCGGAAAUUAGGAUUACCACAACCGGUGUUUAAGGUGCAUGAUAUUAGACCUAAACGAGGACCUGUCAGUUACGACUGUACAGUUAAAGUCGGUACGUCAUAUAGUGCUUCAUCUUACCCGGACUCGUCACCAUCAGAGGAGUUAGCGAAGGAAGUGGCUUCUGUAAAACUGAUAGAUCUUAUAGAGAGCUCUGAAGCUGGUGGAAUGCCCACAUCGUCUAGUAGCAAUGCUAUUGUCUGCCUUACGGAGUUAGUAGCAGAGCAUGAAGCGGGUCUUUGGGCUAGCACCGUGCCACACUUAUACAGAGAAAAAUAUGGUGAAAAUUUACCGAGUAACUGGCAGGAGCUAGUGGAAAAUUGUCCACAGAUUAUUAAAGACAGAGUUGUCAAUGGACUGUUAGUUCUACUACCUAAUAAUGAGGAAGUAGUAGUACCGCCUAUGCACAUAGAUUCCACUAUUGUAGACGACACGAUCGAUAGCGAAUUGCCUCCUCUGAAAUUUCCAGAAGAUGUAUUUUGGAAUGUAUUUAUUACUGUUGCAAAUUCAACACUAGAAAUUUGGUUACGAAUUAUUGGACCGCAAUAUAGUGAUACCUUCGAAUCACUUUUAGUGGAUAUGGCAGCGUAUUACGAACAUUCCGGUACAUCAGUUGAUAAAUCAAUGUUAAUAAAAAAUGCAUGGUAUGCGGUUAAUGUUGAUGAUGGUGGCUGGCAACGCGCUAAAAUUAUGGAAAUUGAAGAAGACAAAGUAACCGUUUUUCUUGGUGACCACGGAGACGACGAUGUGGUCAGCAUUCAUAACAUUAAAAUCUUAGAACCACAAUUCAGGAGAUUGCCUGCGCAGGCGAUUUUAUGCCGGCUAGAGGGCGCAGAGGAGUUAGCGGCAAGCGCGGCGGGCGCGGCGUUAGUGCGGCGGCGGUUACCGGGCGAAGUCCUAGUGGCGGCGCCCGGGCCCCGUACUGACCCUGCCGACCCCUCCGUCGCGCUCGUGCUCUACGACACCUCCACGCAGCGUGACCUCAACCUUAACAAAGAGAUCGUACACGACUUUUGCAUGGCCGCCGCUUUCAACCUCACCCAGAAACCGUGCGAAGUGGAAGUGGGUUGCGUGAGCGAGGAAGGUUGCGUGUGGGUAUCACGCGCGGGCGGCGCUAACAUAGUGAGGGAUGCACUCGCACUCCUCACCGCGGGCCCGUACCGCAGGCCGCUGCCCGCCGCGCCUCACGCGCCCGCACCUAACGCGCAAACAUUAUACAUCGUGCGCACGCUCGCUGGCGAUUGGGUUCGGUGUACAAUCAUAAGCGGCUUGGACGGCGAAGGCACUGUCAGGACGCAGUUAGUCGAUAGCGGAAUGAUACUUCGAGCGCCCCUCUCAUCGCUAGUGCCGUUACAAAAUUUUUCUCCUGCUCUUAAUGCUUUCCCUUGGCAGGCGCUCCAGGUGCGGUUAGGUUCAGCGGAGCGGGCGGCCAGUAGCAUGGUGCCGCGGCUGCGCGACUUGUUGCUGGGCGCGUGCGUGUUGUGCCGCGCCCUACCGUCGCCGCCGUCGGGCGCGCACUCCGCCCACUCGCCGCCCCACGUCGAACUGUUCGUGCGCACCGGACCGCAGAACAUACUGGCAUCCGUCAACAACGCGAUCCUCAUGGAGUACGAGUACCUGCAACUGGACAAAGCGAAAGAGGAGGAAAAGGAGGCUACAAACCACGUGGAGGAAUUGCACAAGAAAAAAGAGCGCAUCUUCCGCAGUCCAUCGUCGAGCGGCGCCCUCAGCGAACAGACGGGCGCCGCCGCCGCUCUGCCUCCGCCGACACUGCCCGCGCCCGGCAAGUGCUUCGACGUCUACAUAGCUAUGGCAGCCAACCCGUGGAACUUCGUAGUGCAACCCAACAGCACUAGGCCAGCCCUUCAAUCAAUGAUGUCCACUUUACAAAGUGAAUGUCCGAAGUUGACUGAGGCAGACGCUCCUGUUAAUCCUGCUAGUGGCGAGUUAUACACUGUCUAUUAUGACAAGGACGCCUCCUGGUAUAGAGUGACAGUUGCCGGUGCCGUAUCUGCAGAGAUGGUAUCCGUGUAUUUUUGUGAUUAUGGAGAUCUGGCUUUGUUUCCUACGAAAGAUUUGCGCCCAGUACCUCCUGGAGCGCCACUCGCUCGAUCUUUGCCGCCUCAAGCGAUAAAAGCACGUCUAUACGAUGUGUGGCCGCUUCAUCAAGACUGGACUGUGGAAGACUGUAUUAGAUUUCAAGAAUUGUGUGUGGAGCAGCAGUUUGUUGGAAUUUGUAAAGACGUUGGCAAAGACCCUUUGAACCCCAACGAACCACUUUUGACUCUCGACCUCAUUGACACCUCAACAGAUGAGGAUAUUUAUUUAAACAAACAAUUAGUCACUGAAUGUAGGGCACGACUAGCUUCUGCGUCUUAAUUAUUAGUUGUAUAAUUAUUCUGCUUUUUGUUGUUAUAGCCACAAAAAAACAGAAAAUUAAAAAAAAAUGUAUUACGUUCCACUGUUUUUAUGUUGUAUAAUUAAACCCAGUGUUGAUGUUAUUUUUGAUAUUGAAAUAAUUCCUUACAUUGGGAUAUUGUUAAACUUUGUUUCCGUUCCAUUUUAUGUAGGAAAUAUUUAAAUUUAGCACUUAAACUAUUGCUGAACUCUGAUAUGUAUAAUUAGAUUAAGAUAUCAUAAUAUGUAAUUCAAAAAUUUAACAAGACAUAGCAACUUCCAAGUGUUAGUAUGCAUGAUUAGACAAUUUUGCAUAUGUGUUAUUCAAAGGAACUUUACUUUCACUUUUAAAACUUCUACUGAAUUAGGACAAUGUUAUACUUGCUUGUAGUUAUAACAUGAACAUGUGUACUUUUACAUCUGAAAUGCCGUUCCUUCAAUAUCAUUUCAAUGUAAUCUUUCCGAGUUUUCAAUAAUAUAUAUGAACAAUAUAAAUGUAAAUCAUUAAUUAUCUCACUAAAUUCGUUCAUUUCAUGGCUCUGAACAAAAGAAUACCGCAAUCUUUGAGGUAUUUUCUUUUUUUUUAUUAUUUGUUGAAAUAAUAUAUUGUAACAGUAAUUCAGUAUGCAUAAUUAAAACUGGUUCUAUC